UUUGUCUCUGCUCCAUGCAGUCGCACUCAAACUGUCACCACAAGUACCAGUUGCUGACGCAGCACAGACUACGCCGCCAGUUGGUUGUUGACCUCUCAGCAGCCUUUUCUGGAGACGGGCCAUUGGAGGUUUCAGCUUGGGAGUCCCUUCUCCUCAUUGGAUUGACGGAGCCAAUCGGCGGUGGCGGCCAGUUGUCUGUCGCGUCCAACGGGGCGCCCUUCCGCCAUUCAACUGUCGGUCGCGUCGACGGUUGUUUGGAUGGCCUAUGUGCCACAACUGCGCAUUGUGAAUAUCACGGUUGCAUCAAGGGCAUGGCAUGAACCGCUUGAAGAAUCGGUCGAUCUUCAGUCAUAGGCCCAAACUGACCCGCCAAUGGCCUAGAUGCCACCAUGAGAAAGACAAUGAGAGCAAUCAUGGGGGCGCGGGCCACGGCUCCUGUGUUGCCGUCCUCGGAGAACACAGCGGUUAGCGACAUGGCACGGGGAUUUAGCAGCUUGGCUCCGGCAGCAGCAACACCAACAAGGCCGCAGCUGUCGACGCAAUCGUCCAGUGCUGAUGCAAGCAAACAGACGGAUCCGGGGAUGGACCCCCGCUCACGGCUGCCUCGCGAAGAAUUGGAGGCUCUUGAUAAGCCGGUUAUCAACGGAUGGUACAUAGCAAAGGUUGUUUUGAGGGUGUCGACCACGGGUUUUGCUGUGACCAUGGUGCCGGUACAAAUUAACCGGCAACCCUGGAUGUCUAUUUCCUAUCCGGAUAUAUGGUCAUUUAUUAACGACGUCCUCCAAUACGUGCUUGCCGCUGUGAUCAUGAGUUGGAACAGUGCCGAGUUUAUCACCAUGUGUUUCCGCAAAGGCCGCGGAAUCUCCGCCAAGGCCCAUAUAUUCCUCGACGCGUUCAUAUUUCUCCUUGCCUUGGCUGCUGUUGGGUACCAAAUAUUUAUUUUAUUUCUUCACAAUUACGCAGACCUGGCGUAUUAUCAGGCGGCGAUACCCCUAACUGCAUUGUCAAGUCUUUUCCACUUUAUACUUUCCAUACGCGGUUGUAUCGAUAAUGCCUUUAUGGGUUCAACACCUCGUAUAAUGUACCUGAUUACUGGAGAGCCCGUCGUUGUUCUGCCAGGACGGCGCGCCCCACGACCAACGCAUGAGGCCGAUACUCGUGAUGUCGAGAUGAACGUCCGAAGCAGUGCUGCCUUCCAGAGCACGACACAAACGGCAAUGACGCCACUCAGCCCCGACGUUGAGUCAGCACAGAGAGCAAUAUCGCCUACAUUGCCUCCAAACACAGCUAACUCUCCGAGUACAAGUCAUCCUGUGCUGCCAACGUUGAACACAGAAAUGGACCGCGGUGAUGCACCACCCUGGACUCCAAGCCCACACGUUGCCACGGCCGAUGCGCCAUCCCCAGAAACAAUGGCGGUCGCAACGGCCUUGGCGGCAGAUGGGUUUCGAGAUCAUGCUUCACCUGUCACCGUAGGAAUGCCGGCGGGUCGAAACAUGUCACCAGUGUCAUCGCCGUCGACUUCUCCUGCAGCAGCGACGCCAGGUAGACGUCAAAGACACAAAAUCAGCACCGAUGGGAGCCGGCCAAGGAGGAAGCCAGUUCCACGACGGAAAGGAACUCACUAUGCCGAUCCAUGGGGAGCCCCUGGGCCCGAUUACGAGCCAGACGAGGCCGAGAAGCUGCGUGCCGAGAGAGGCGAAAGACAGGCGCAGUGGAUGUCGCUAGAGGGCAUGGGCAUGGGAAGCGGCGUGUCUGCAGCGAGGCAGAGGCUGGGUAGUGUUGAAGAGCCCAAAUCACAUGAGCGUGCCGGCAGUGACGCGGACCGGACAAAGUUGCCGCCAGUACCAAGCCAACGUGACAGUUUACAAGCUGCCGAUGCUGUCGCUCCUGUCGUAGAUGGAAGCAGCUUUAGACAGACAACCUCCUAAUGAUAACUUGUAUAUGAUGCAUGAUAACGCUUCGGAUGGCAGGGGGCCGCAUUCCGUGUCAGUCGGAUGAGUAUCAAGAUCGAAAUGGUGAAAAUUUCCUGUUUGAUAGUCCA